CUGAGGGGUCGCGCCAUGGCGGGCACGGGCGGGCGAGUGGCCACCUCGGAGUCUUACACAGGCCACUGCUCUUCCACGCCCGGUGUGAGCGGGCGGGCGGAGCAGACGCCCCGCUACACCCUGGGGCUUCUGCAGACGCCGCACAGCUCGGAGAGCGCCGGGGCUGGCUGCAGCGGGGAAGGCCUUGCAGCCAGCCGGGCUGCCGGGACCAGCGCAGUGAAGCCGGUGGUUUCCGAAAGGGGAGAAUCCUAUUUUGGGGACAAAAGUUCUUGUGUAGAAAAUGCGAACACAUUGAAUCUCACUAGUUCUUCUUCCAUGCGAGGCCUGAAUAGUACAUGUGUAGGAAAAACACCUCUCUCUUCUGGUAGAUCUGGUUGCAGAAGCCAUACCCCUCUUAUGGGAUAUUCAGUUACAUCCUCCUCUGCAGUUUCUGCUCAUACUGUUGCGUCGGUUAUUGUAGCUGUAGUAGAAGGAAGAGGCCUUGCCAGAGGUGAAGUAGGAAUGGCCAGUAUAGAUUUAAAAAAUCCUGAGAUGAUAUUAUCACAAUUUGCAGACAAUACAACUUAUGCCAAGGUUAUUACUAAACUCAAGAUUUUAACACCACUAGAAAUAAUAAUGUCAAACACUGCUUGUGAUGCAGGGAAUACAACAAAAUUGUUCAGUCUGGUAACAGAGCAUUUCAAGAAUGUGACGUUUACAACUGUCCAGAGAAAAUACUUCAAUGAAACGAAGGGUUUGGAGUACAUUGAACAACUGUGCGCAUCUGAAUUUAGCACCAUAUUCAUGGAAGUCCAGUCAAAGUAUUACUGUCUUGCAGCUGCUGCAGCUUUACUAAAAUAUGUUGAAUUUAUUCAAAAUGCCGUUUAUGCUCCUAAAUCACUCAAGGUGCGUUUCCAGGGGAGUGAGAAAACAGCUAUGAUAGAUUCAUCAUCAGCACAAAAUCUUGAACUAGUAAUUAAUAACAGAGAUUCUCGGGAUGGUCACACACUUCUUGGUGUUUUAAAUUACACUAAAACUCCUGGUGGAAGUCGAAGACUUAGAUCCAAUAUCCUGGAACCUCUAGUUGAUGCUGAAACAAUUAACACAAGACUGGACUGUGUUCAGGAAUUACUCCAGGAUGAGGAGCUCUUUUUUGGUCUUCAAGCAGUUAUCUCAAAAUUCCUGGAUACAGAGCAACUACUUUCAGUUUUGGUACAGAUUCCAAAGCAGGAUACAGUUAAAACUGCCGAAUCAAAAAUAACGAAUUUAAUCUACCUGAAGCAUACCUUAGAACUUGUGGAACCUCUGAAAGCUGCUUUAAGAAGCUGUAACACACAGCUGCUAAAGGCAUAUUACAAUUCUCUUGAAGAUACAAGGUUUGGAAUUAUACUUGAAAAGAUUACAAGUGUAAUUAAUGAUGAUACAAGAUACACAAAAGGAUGUCUGAGCAUGAGGACCCAGAAGUGCUACGCUGUUAAGCCUAACAUAAAUGAAUUCCUUGACAUAGCUCGUAGAACAUACACGGAAAUUGUUGAUGACAUUGCAGGUAUGAUAACACAACUUGCAGAAAAGUACAACCUGCCAAUGAAAACAAGUUUCAGUUCUGCUCGUGGAUUUUUUAUCCAAAUGAAUGCUGAUUGUUCAACAUUACCUAAUGGCCAGCUUCCUUCAGAAUUUACAAAGAUCACGAAAAUUAAAAACACAUAUAGCUUCACUUCAGCAGAUUUAAUGAAAAUGAAUGAAAGAUGUCAGGAGUCCCUGAGGGAAAUAUAUCACAUGACCUACUUAAUAGUGUGUAAACUACUGAAUGAGAUCUAUGAACACAUUCAUUGCCUGUACAAACUGUCUGACAUUGUGUCUAUGCUGGAUAUGCUGCUUUCAUUUGCCCACGCCUGCACUCUUUCUGAUUAUGUUCGUCCAGAAUUUACCGAUACUUUAGCAAUCAAGCAGGGGUGGCAUCCUAUUCUUGAAAAGAUAGCUAUGGAAAAACCUGUGGCUAACAACACCUACCUGACAGAGGGCAACAAUUUAGUCAUUAUUACAGGACCAAACAUGAGUGGAAAAUCGACAUACCUGAAACAGAUUGCUCUCUGCCAAAUUAUGGCACAGAUUGGUUCUUAUGUCCCAGCAGAGUAUUGUUCUUUUCGAAUUGCAGAGCAAAUUUUUACCAGGAUAGGUAUGGAUGAUGAUAUUGAAACAAAUGCAUCAACAUUCAUGAAGGAAAUGAAAGAGAUAACGUACAUCAUACAAAAUGCUAAUGAUAAGUCGCUCAUCAUUAUCGACGAACUUGGCAGAGGUACCAGUGCCCAAGAAGGUAUUGGCAUUUGUUAUGCUGCUUGUGAAUAUCUGUUGAACUUAAAGGCGUUUACACUGUUUGCUACACAUUUCCUGGAACUAUGUCAUAUAGACGCUUUAUAUCCCAACGUGGAAAACUACCAUUUUGAAGUGCAACAUGUGAGAAGCAGUGCUGGAAAUAAGGAGAAAAUUGCUUACACUUACACACUUUCUAAAGGAUACACAGAGGAAAAGAACUACGGACUGAAAGCUGCAGAAGUGUCCUCCCUACCAUCAUCCAUAACUUUGGAUGCAAAGGAAAUCACAAAUCACAUUGCAAAACAAAUUUUGAGCAGCACAGGCAGAAGAGCACUCCGGAGAUGAUGAAGCAGAGAGCUGCAUACCAGUUAGCAAUGAGCUUGGUUCAGACUGCCAGAAAUUCGCGACUGGACCCUGGCAGUUUGCGGGUGUAUUUGAAAGCCCUGAAGAAAAAGUAUGAAGCCAGUUGUCCCACACUUGGAAAGAGUGAUGAGCAACAGUAACGUGUAACAGAGGCUGCUGCUCUAGUUUUUAUGACUGCAUGAUGAUUCUGGUUUUUCUGGUCUUUUUACAUGGUGUUACGUUUUUAAUUCAUAGUGUAAAUUACACUCAGUAAUGGAAGAUGAUAUCCUUUAUAGGUUUCCUCCCUCCCCCAGCUUACCUGGAAUAAAAGCAUUUGCCUUCUAUGAGGAACACAAUUCUUUUUGACGAUAAAUUGUAUAAUUUUCCGCAUUUUAGAGCAACACUGAGAGGAUAGGGAAGAACUGGACCGGAGUACUAAGGAACUCAGAAUUUCAGGCGUGACACGGAAGAAAGCUCAGAUUACAGAAAGGGAAAUGUGCCCAAAUUGGCUCGAAGCAGUGUUGCUGUCUGUUGUUGUUCAACUCUGUCUUCUAAAAAUGAGACCAUUCUCUUCAUUGUGCUGUGCUAAACACUUCUCACUUCUCCCAAUGCCAGGAAACAGGUGAAGCUUGGAGAAACUUGAAGGAAUUUGGAUGUGUAAAAACAGGCUGUUCUCUCUUCUCCAGAGCAAGCAGUUUGAUGUUAUUGGCAAUAAAGGUUCUGAGUUUUCUCAUUGUCCUCUUGCUCAGUCUUCAGGUCACUGUAGGAUUUCCAAAGAAUCCCCUUUCCAAAGAGACAACAGAGAAGCCUCUCAUCAUGUUCAUUCCGAUCACACAGAGAUACUGGGAGGGGAAGGGAACAGAUAGAGGUGAAAUUUCCCUGAUAAAAGGAUUAGGACUGAACAGGACCAAAGCUGGAGCACAUCAACCAUUCAGCUUUCACCUCAUGUUGUAUCAGGGGCUUUAUGGAGACAGGUGUUAAUUGCUGAGUCCCAGGCCGAGCCGUGACCGUGACCUGUUCUGUUGGAGCUGGUGGUUUUUGGACACGUUCACCUGCCACACUCUGUAAUAAUUAGUCCUGGGCUUUGCUCCUGUUUUUCUUUCAGCCUUCUAUCCGACUUACACUCUUUUUCUCUGUCCAGUGUCUUUUGUGCUCUUUUUUUGUCCUGUGUGCUCCACUUCCCGUUCCUUUUCACUACUUCACUCUCUGUUGUUCUUCUUUUUCUUUCAAGAAAUAAAUCCUUAAUAUUUAUUAAAUAAAUGUUGCUCAGUCCCUCUC